GCGGGGACGAGGGGCCGAGCCCGCGCGGCAGCGGCUUUCCCGCAGCGCGGCGGCCGGCUCGGCUCUGCGGCUUCAGCACCGCGGCGCUGGACAGCGCCCGCCGGCCUGCGGCUCCGCGGCGCUGAGCGCCCGCCGGGGCCGGGGGCGCGCAGGGGCGGCGCGGGCAGGAACCCCCGCGGGCGAGCGGGCGGGCGGGCGGCGGCCCCGUCCCCGUCCCCGUCCCCGGGCCAGGCUCGCCCUGCGAGGGGGCUGGGCAGCAGCAGGAUGUUUCUCAAGCUGGCGGUCGUGGUGCAGGUGCUGUCGCUGCUGGCAAGCCGGGCGCAGGGCUUCCCGAAACCCGGGGGCAAAGAUAAAGCUAUACACAACAGACAAUUAAGUGUAGAAAGACCUUUGGAGGAACAGAUUGCUGAAGCUGAGGCAGACAAUAGGAAAAUAGCUCCCACAGAAAAUAAGCCAGAGUUCAGGAAUUAUUCCUUUGUUGAUGACCUGAACCUGCUAAAAUCAGUAGCAGAAAGAGAGAGGAAUGAAAAGGAGAGGGAGUCAAUUAGAAGCUCUUUGUAUGAACAGCAACUGGCCAUUGAUGAUGCGGACUCCACCAAGAACCGCAGGCUUGUGGAUGACUAUGACUCCACUAAAAGUGGGCUGGAUUAUAAAUUCCAAGAUGAUCCAGAUGGCCUCCAUCAAUUAGAUGGCACUCCUUUGACUGCUGAAGACAUUGUUCAAAAAAUUGCUGCGAGAAUUUAUGAGGAAAAUGAUAGAGGAGUGUUUGACAAGAUCGUUUCAAAACUUCUAAAUCUGGGGCUAAUCACAGAGAGUCAGGCCUAUACCCUGGAAGAUGAAGUGGCAGAGGUUUUACAACAGCUAAUUGCAAAUGAAGCAAAGGAUCGUGAGAAGGAGUCUGAAGAUUUUUAUUACCCUCCAAGCAGAGCAGACAGUGAUACAAAAGAAAAGCAACAGGAAAGAAUGACACCAAGCAAAGCUGAUCAGGAUAGUUUCAUUAAUGGAGAAAUUGAUGAUACACUGGAUAACACAUGGUCAUCAUCUAAUAUCUUGGAAAGGAGGAAUGAGCUGCCUUCUGAAGAUAAUUUUGAAGACCUCCAAUAUUUUCCAAACUUUUACGCGCUAUUAAAAAGUCUUAACUCAGAGACGGAGGCAAAAGAGAAAGAGACCUUAAUAACUAUCAUGAAAACCCUGAUUGAUUUUGUGAAGAUGAUGGUUAAAUAUGGAACAAUCACACCAGAAGAAGGAGUUUCCUAUCUGGAAAACUUAGAUACAAUGAUAGCUGAGCAGACAAAGAAGAAGCUUGAGAACCCUUCCACUAAAACCAGAACAAAGCUACCAGCAGACAAGAGUAGUGAAGAAGCAGACAGUACGAAGGAAGAAGCAGCUAAAAUGGAAAAGGAAUAUGAAAUUUCAAAGGAUUCUACAAAAAAUGAAGAGCAAAAUGCAGCAGGAAACAGUGAAGAGCCCAGAGGGAAAGCUGAGGCAUAUUUGGAAGCCAUCAGGAAGAACAUAGAAUGGCUAAAAAAACACAACAAACAAGGUAACAAAGAAGACUAUGAUCUUUCAAAGCUGAGAGAUUUCAUUGAUCAGCAAGCUGAUGCUUAUGUGGACAAGGGCAUCCUGGACAAGGAAGAGGCUGACGUAAUUAAACGCAUAUAUGGCAGCCUGUAAAAAGCUAGUGGCUGCCAAAAAUGUAGAAAACUAGUAUAGCUUCCCCCACUCCCGGCUCAGUGACUUAUGAUCUGUUAAUUUGAGGAUAUCAUUAGAAAUGCUCUGAUUACAUCGUACUGACAACUUUCUAGACAGAAAUGAAGAGCUCUAGUGCUCCGUACACUGACUGCAUACUGUAUUUUCCUACACUCACAAAUCAAUCCUAAACGCCAAAUUCUGACACUGAAUUUGUAUUUGAUAGGAUAAAUAUUUAUGUAAUGUUCUCUUUGAUUUAUUAUUUGUGUUUGGUACUUUUGUAGAUAAACCAAUUGUUUCUGAUGGAAAGUUCUUUUAAUGCUACAUCUUUUUGCUCUCACUCCACUAGCUUUCUAUAGAUGCAACUGUGUAAAGGGCAUUAUUAGAAAAUAGUUCACAGUUCUCUAAAUAAAAUAUUUGAAAAUAAGUUACCUAUUAAAGUUUUCAUUAAUCUUAAUAUGAUUUUAUAUCCAGAAAUCUUGUUUUUAAAUCCUAAUACCUUUUUUUUCUUGACCCUUUUUUAUUUCUUCAUGUAGUAUUCUAUAACUUGGACUAUAGUGUCCUUAGCUAACUGAUAAAUCUUUGACACUGCAACUGCCUUUCGUAUUACAGAGCUGUAUUCUCCUCAUUGUUGCUUCAUUCAGCAUGUAUAAACAUUCUCUUCGGUGCACUAUUUGAUGAUUGUGCAUGCAUAAGUAGUUGAAUUCCUGAUGUGAGUAGCCUGAUAACAAGUGUAAAUAGCCGUUACUUUCUUUAAAGAAAAAAAAAAAGGAAAGCAAUUCAAGUCAUUUUGCAUGGGAAGGGGAGUUUGCAACUAGAGAUGUUUUUAGGAACAUGGGUCCUGCUUUUCAGAAAGACUUAAAAGAACCUAUCAUAUCUCAGCAUCUCCGAAUAUCAAGGCUGUGGUGUGUUUACUGACUUCUGAUCUGUGUUGAGCAGUAUUAUUUUGGAAAACUAUUUUCUAGGCAUAUAUACGCUGUCAUUCGCCAAGAAUUUGGUACAUCCUAAAGAAUGAAAAAGGAAAACAAAAAUGUCACCCUCAUUCUUCUUCCUCAACUCAGAGAGUUUUUGAAGAAUAGUUUAUGAGAUCUUUUAUAUUUAACUGAAUGGAUAAUUUUAUGUAUGAAGAACUCAUGAAGCAAGAUCAAAGCUAAAGUUUUUAGAAAACUAAAUUUUAAACUGAGUCCCAGAAGACGUAAGUCCUUAGACUUAUCCCUUGCAGCAGUCAUUUGUCUAAAUGAACUCCAGGAAAGCUCUGUUCUCUUUAUUUACAAGUUCUUCAUUGAUAAUUGAGGUUAUCCCUGCUCUGAUUUUUUUAAAAAACUCAUGAUACUUCUGAGAUUGAUACAGUCAAAAAAUGUUAGCUGAUGCAGACGUCAGUAUCUGCCUGCCAAUGAAGGGAGAUGCUGACUGACAGCACUGCCUGCACAGCACAAAAUUCUGUAAAUGUUAAAUGGGCAGAUCGUUUCCUUCCUCAUUUUCUCAGCACAGUUGGAGAGAGGAGAUUUAAGCAAUGUUUCUUAGCCAACUGAAGUAAGCUGUGGAAUCCCUGCAAAACAUAAAUUACCAACUGAACAUUAGAAACAGAACAUUAUUGGUAACAAAUAUUAAAUGAAUGUGAUAGCAAUGAAGUGUAACAGCAUAUCAAUUUGAAAACUGAUGGUACAUAAGCCAAUGAAUGCUUUCUAGCAUACAAAAAGUAUGCCACUGCCUGCUUAUACACUUCCUGAUACGGAUCAUUAAAUUGCAGUAUCAGUCACUAAUGGUGGUAUUUAUUUUAAGAUAAAAAUUUUAUCCAGAAAUGUAGUCAAUGUAACCUUCCUGGUUGAAAAAUAGUCCCUUAGAAACAGUGCACAAAAUAAUUAGGGAAAAAGAAUUCCUGUUAUUUUGAAUCAGUGUAUUUGUUCUCAUCUAAACCCUCUAUUAUUAUUAUUAUUAUCAUCAUCAUCAUCAUCAUCUCAUGUUCCCAAAGAACAGAAUUUAUUCUUGUCUCUAUAGAUCUCAGUUUUUUUCUGCAACAGCUUGUGACUUACUUUCUUAUGUGACUAUCACACUGGAAAAGUGGACUUUUGGAUUUAUGAAAGAAAUCAGAAGAAAGAUAACUAACCGUAGACCUUUACAGUUGGGGAAGUGGUAGUGAUCUGCACUUAAAAAACAAAAAGGACAAACUUUCCUUCCCCAAUGGCUACUUUUAAAAAAAAAGCAAGCUUUCUUCUCCUGUCAAUAUAAUGAGUAGUAUAAUAAUAUUUUUAUUUUCAUUGGAAGUUAGGUUCUUACUUUCACCUCUCAGGAGUCUAUGCAGGAGUCUGGUACUAAUGGAAAGAUGUCAUCAACUAGCGACCUGUGAUUAUGAACAGUUCGUGUCCACAAAAAGGCUAGUACAAUAUUUUUUAACCUCUCAGUUUUGCAAAUUUUCUAACUUCAACAAAGCAUAGAUGACAUAAUUUAGAAAAAAAAGUCCAAACAAUGGGUAUGACCUGAUUCUAGUUCAGAGUAUGCAUGUUCUCGGACUUGUUCUGUGCUUACUCUGCUGCUGUGCAUCACUUGGGGUACAUACACAGACCAGUUAGACCAACCUGAUGACUAGCUGAGAACAGAGCAAGCACUCUGACGGAUAGAUGAGCAAUCUCAGCUACGUUCUUCAAACGCGAUUCACUUCCCAUCCUGCCCAAGCCCAUUAAACUUGUUAUUUGAAUGCUUCAAAUACUGGUUUCAUUGCUGGUACAUCAAAUGAACGUCUAUUGGUAAAUCACACCUUUCAGAACUAGACAGUAAAAACAGCCAGCCUGAUGAAUCACCCUGCCUUUCUAAAAGGCUAUGACUUACGCUAAAUAAAAUCAAACCAAGUGACGUGAGUCUCAGCCUGCACUACAGAUCAGUCCUUAUUUUGAAGGGAACACUUGGAGCACAUUAGCACUGGACAUCUGCUGCUUGAGUGUUUAGUACAUAAUUAGUAAAUCAUAUUCUAUCAGUGCUUUCCUUUUUCCUGUGAGAAAGGUAUUUUCAACACCUGCACAUCUCUGGUUCUAAAUUGACAAAAAUCAGUUUCUAUGUUGUUUGUAUCUCUGCUGGAUCCUUCAGAAAUCCUUCACUCCCUAAAUUAUCACUGAAAAUGUAACAAGUACAACAUAUAUGGUAUCACCUUUUGAGCUUUUCUAUUAGACUACUGUUUCUGAUACUGUACUUUAUUAAACACUUUACUACAA